UGCGGUCGUUUCCGUCCCUUCCAAUCAGACACCCAGGAAGCUCACACACUUCACAGUAGAGAGAGAGAGAGAGAGAGAGUCUUCAUCAUCUCAUCCCUAACAGUUGAAAUCCUUCCUCUUCUCCAUUGGGAGGUGAAGAAAAUGCCGACCAAGUGUCUUGCCGGCUGCUUACUCUGAUACUGUCUUGUGGGGGGACGAGCUGUGGGUUCCAUUGUUGCUUCACAGAAAGGAGGGAGCUUUAAGGUGUACAUGACAUUCUCCUGUCUGUUGAAUGGAAUGUCUGCAUCUUCCGUGGUUCCAUUCCAUCGACAAAUGGGUGACGGAAUGAGAAUGAUUCUCUGCGUCUUCCACCCGAAGCUUCUCUCUCCCUCCCUCCCCCUCUGUUAGUCCUUUUGAAGGUCAAGCCUUUCCUCGCCGCCAGAGGUCGUCGUACGGAUUCAAUACUUCCCCUCCUUUUGGGGCAUCAUUUCAGCUUUUCUUCUUCCCAUGGUGAAUCCAAAGUUGACAGCCCAUGUCUCCACGAGAGCCCUACCUCUUUUUCUGCUGAUUGUUCUGUGCUUGGACUUGCCCCCGGUGGAACGUCAUGAUCGCAUUUUCCGGCGAGUCUAUGCUGAAAGUCCUGUUGCUCCGCCGCGGGUGCCCGAGUUCAAGCUCGGUCUCCGGAGAAUCGUGCUCAGCAUUGCUCUAGGAGUGCUGACGGGCCUGAUUGGUGUCCUCCUGUGUGCUUGCUUCGUUAGGGGCCUGGUGCUUUACCUCAACCGAACCCCCAUCCUCAAAGGCCCCGUCGUGUUCUCCCCGAGAAUCUCCCCCAAGACUCUACAGGCGGCCCUUGCGAAUGAGAACCUUCUGCUGGGCUCGAGCCCGAACGGAAGGUACUACAAGACCGUCCUCGAUAAUGGGCUCGCCGUGGCUGUGAAGCGGCUCGAGCCAUUCGAAAGUUGUUCCCCAGGGAUGCGGGGCAAAUCCGUCAAGAGACGAAUCCAGAGGGAGCUCGAAGUUCUCGCCGGUCUCAGAUACGAGAACCUGAUGAGCCUGCGUGCUUAUGUUCGUGAGCAGAACAGUUUCUCUCUGGUUUAUGACUAUGCCCCUUGUGGAAGUCUAGAAGAUGUGAUGAACAGGGUUAGGGAGAAUCAGUUGGAGCUCGACUGGGACGCUCGGCUUCGGAUUGCUGUCGGGGUUAUCAAGGGGCUUCAGUACCUUCACUUCACUUGCAAGCCUCAGAUUCUUCAUCUCAAUCUGAAGCCGACGAAUGUGAUGUUGGAUAGAGAGUUUAAGCCGAGGCUGGCUGACUGUGGAUUGGUUAAACUCAUGCCCGACUUGGAUAAAAUUAAAUCUAAGUACAGCGCGCCGGAGAUUUUCCGGAAUUCCAGUGUUGGACGAAACAGGUGUACCGACAAGAGCGAUAUCUUCAGCUUUGGGAUGAUCCUGGGCUUUCUGUUAACUGGUAGAGAUCCAACAGAUCAAUUCUUUGGGGAAACUGGGCAAAACGGGAGCAUGGGAAGUUGGCUUCGCGAACUUCAACAGGCAGGGGAGGCCCGCGAGGCACUGGACAAGAGCAUCCUGGGGGAAGAGGGCAAGGAAGAUGAGAUGCUGAUGGCCAUCAGAAUAGCUGUUGUUUGCCUCUCAGAUAAGACCGCCGAUCGGCCUUCCAGUGACGAGCUCGUCCCAAUGCUAACCCAACUACAUAGUUUCUGAAGAUUUAUGUAUACAUUAGUAACUGUAGUACGUGGUCCUCUUGUAUGGAGUUUCUCGAAAUCAGAAUCAAUGGGAAGUUGCUGUUGUGAAGCUUGCAAAGAGACACGACUAUCUCGUCAGUCUUGGUUUCAGGUUCUUCCCUAACACACUAAUCAGGAGCUUCAUAUUGUAAGCUGCUCGGGAAUGCCUCAGAACAAGAUGCUGCUGGCUGUUCGAGUAGCUUAGUUUUGCCUGCAGAUCGUCUUUCCGUUGCUGAACUCAUCUUUGCAGAGUUUCUAACCCUUUCUAUAAUUAUGUCAGCAUCACUCUUGCUAA